AGAUUUUUAGUACUGACAGCGAAUAUCAGAACGCAUGCCUACAUCGUGCAGUAAAAUGGCGGGUGGCAUGGUCAAUAGGUUCAAUUUGGCUCUUCAAAAUUUAGAACGAGCAAUCCAGAUAUUUUUUGGUCAUGGAUUUCCUCCAAGACCACUAUACGCAAUCGAUUGUAACUUUUUGAGUGAACCGAAACCAGUUAACCGUCUUGGUAGCCGAUCCUUAAAAGAAAUUUUCGAGAAUGGUAUUUUAUGGGCAGUUCCAAAAUCUCGACGCAGUUUGGAGAGAAGAUAUAAAAGAAGGUUUGGAAUUCUUAAAUACGUGUGGAAGCCAUUAGUUGCAAAAACUAAUAUAUUAAUGUGUAUAAACUGUGGUCAUCAUUAUGAAGCUAAUCGCUUAUGUGGACAUUGUUAUGAGAAAGUAAAGCUCGAGACCAAGGAAAUGCAAGAUGCUAUUCAAAAAGAAUUAGGAUUAAGCCCAGUAGAAGAAAAUGUAAUUGUACUAUAUGAUGGAGAAAAAGAUCAGAAAACAGAUGAAUUCUGGAAGAACCAGAAAGUAGUUGAAAUGCCAAAGAAAAGACCUUCAUGGUUUCAUCAGAAUUUGCUUGAACCAACAACACAGGAACCAUCAAAUAAGACAGAUGUUAAACCCACAAAUCUUGCAUAAAGUAUACUGGAUCAGAUGGAAAUUAGAUUUUAACAAUUUGCAGUAAAAAUUCAGGAUAUAUCUGUUGAACUAAAUUAAAAUAAUUUCAAUU